UUCUAUUCCACAGGCGUAGUUAAGGAGAAUACCGCUGUCCCACUGACAUUACCUAUAAUGAUUUGCACCUAUCCCGGCGUGCCAUACAAGAUAGCUAGACUGAUACACAACUGGGCUCCCCUGAUAAAGCUUGAUCAGAAUGAGGUGUGGCGUCCAUCAGGAGUAGAGCACUUCUUGUCUAACACCAAGUUGGAAGGGUGCAGCGACCAGCCAGACCCCUCUUCGCUGACAAGUUCCAACCUCGAAAGGUGCAACACAAACAGUUAUCUCACCACCAAGGAAAGCCUCAGCUGUCCUUCGUGUACUGAGCCUGUUUUUCUUCGUGGUCAACACCCAAGGAACGUGCCAUUAAACGUCAUCUAUCGACAGCAUGAAAACUUCUUGGAGGUCGCCUACUGGACGUUCUUUCCGUACAACCACGGAAAGAGGGUCUGCCUUGGAUAUUUUCAAAAAGGGUGCUUUCUUUUGGGGAAAAUUUGGGGCCGCUGUCCUUGUGGAGAGAACCUAGGUUGCAUUGAGGAAUACUCAGCCUUUGGGCACCAUGUUGGGGAUUGGGAGAGAAUUACGGUUCGUUUUCGAAAAGUCAAUAACGACUUUCAGAUCUAUUCCAUUCACUUAUCGACCCAUGGUAUCGACGUUACUGACAAGUUCGGUGGAGAAUUUCUCUGGCGAGAUGGUCACUUUAAGAGGCGAGAUCAAACGAUAGCUAUGUAUAAUGGUACUCAUGCAGUAAUCUACUCGUCCGAGGGCUCGCACGGAAUGUGGCCGUCAGCUGGAAGACAUGAGUACAAAGUCCUUCCAAACGGAGACACUCUAGUGGACUACACCAGUAGUGGUGUAAGUUGGUACACCUGGGAAAGAUUAAAACCCGUCCAGUACGAUCCCAGCGGUCAAUACAGCGGAGAGUUUAAGUUCCUGGAGUUUAAAGGCCGGUGGGGAAACAGAAAACGGGGCUGUGGUAUCGUAGGGAUUGUCAUUGGUGAAUGUCAGCUUAAUAAUGGACCAAAGGGGCCUUCUAAUUCAUUCCCUAACUACCAAAUUGAGAAUACGUUGUCAGCUGAGUUGUAG